GGAAACCUCCUUCAGAUGGACAGAAGAGGCUUCCUCUACUCCUUUAUUCAGCUUCGAGAAAAAUAUGGAGACGUGUUCACAGUGCACCUGGGACCAAGGCCUGUGGUCAUGCUGUGCGGGACAGAGGCCAUAAGGGAGGCUCUGGUGGACCAAGCUGAGGCUUUCUCUGGCCGGGGGACCAUUGCUGUGCUUGAGCCUAUUGUACAGACAUAUGGUUUAGUCUUUUCCAGUGGGGAACGCUGGAAGACCCUUCGGCGAUUCUCUCUGGCCACCAUGAAGGACUUAGGGGUGGGCAAGAGGAGUGUGGAGGAGCGGAUGCAGGAAGAGGCCCGAUGUCUGCUGGAGGAGUUGCGGAAAUCCCAGGGAGCCCCCCUGGACCCCACUUUCAUCUUCCAGUCCAUCACAGCCAACAUCAUCUGCUCCAUUGUCUUUGGAGAGCGCUUUGACUACAAAGAUCGCCAGUUUCUGCACCUUUUGAACCUGAUCUAUCAGACCAUCUCGCUCAUCAGCUCAUUCUCUGGCCAGAUGUUUGAGCUCUAUUCGGAUUUCCUGAAGUUCUUUCCUGGUACCCACCGACAAAUCCACAAAAAGUUGCAGGAAAUCCUAGACUACAUUUGCCACAGCGUGGAGAAGCACCGGGAAACCUUGGACCCAAACAACCCAAGAGACUUCAUUGAUACCUACCUUAUACGCAUGGAGAAGGAGAAGUCCAACCAACACACAGAGUUCCAUCACCAGAACCUCAUGAUCUCCAUGCUGUCUCUCUUCUUUGCUGGCACUGAGACCAGCAGCACCACGCUCCGCUUUGGCUUCCUGCUCCUGUUAAAAUACCCCCAUGUAGCAGAGAAAGUCCAAAAGGAGAUCGAUCAAGUGAUCGGCUCACACUGCCCACCAACCCUUGAUGACCGCAACAAAAUGCCUUACACUGAGGCUGUCAUUCGCGAGAUCCAGAGAUUUGCAGAUAUUCUCCCGAUUGGAGUGCCGCACAAAGUCACCAAAGACACUUUGUUCCGAGGGUACCUGCUCCCCAAGAACACUGAAGUGUACACCAUCCUGAGUGCUGCUCUCCAUGACCCACGGUACUUUGAACAACCAGAUGCCUUCAAUCCUGACCACUUCCUGGAUGCCAGUGGGGCUCUGAAGAAAAUUGAAGCUUUUAUGCCCUUCUCUACAGGAAAGCGCAUUUGUCUUGGCGAAGGCAUUGCCCGCAACGAAUUGUUCCUUUUCUUCACCACCAUCCUCCAGAACUUCUCUGUGUCCAGUCCUGUGGCUCCUAAGGACAUUGACCUCAGGCCCAAGGAGAGUGGCUUGACCAAUGUAGCUCCAAUAUAUCAGAUCCGCUUCUUGGCCCGUUGACUGGACUGAGGUGGCCAGGUGUCCCUACUCCUGGUGAGAAUGGAUCCAGCUUUCUUCCUUUGUGGGAGCUGCUGCCAACCAGGCCGUAGGUCACUGCUCACAUCCUUCAACCUUACUGCAGCUUCUGCAAAACUCUCAGGUGUGUUCUUCUGCCCUGAGAAUGGCACAGGAGAAAUCACUCAAUGUCUUGCUUGAUGUGUGAACCGAGAGACUUCUAGAGGCCACAUCUCAUGCUGAGUCUGUUCCUUACUGCACCCAGCAAUUACAGUUUUCAUAUAGAGACUUCUGGUGCUCAAUGAAACAAUCUAAUGAAUGCCAGAGGACAUGUCAGAGGAGCAGCAGAUGGAAACUGAAGUUCAAAGUGUCAGAUCACGAGGAAGAAAACUCUCUGAUGGUUUAAUCUUGUUUUAUGCAAGACUAUGAGAACACAGACUCUGCAAUAUCUUUUGAUUCCACUUUGCUUUUACAUGUUUGCUGCUACAAUUUUCCCCUGGUAUCUGGCUUUCCCUGGUGUGAGUAGAUGUGGGGAGAACCCACUUCCUGUAACAUGGUGUGUUUCUCUCAUGAAAUCAACCUGACCUACUGGGCAAUUUAAUCUGUGGCUUAUCAAGAAGAUGAUUCUUCCCUAACUGUACUGUCUAAUUGAUAUAAUGUUAGAUUAUACAGAGUUUUGGUAA